AUGAGCGAAGAUGCUCGUUCGACGGAGAAGUCGGAAAGCAGUGGCCUAGAUCCGCAUGAGGAUGCGCGAGCGCUGGUGCGCUUGAUACAGUGCGCACAAUGCUCGAGGCCAUACCGGACACCAGUCACGCUGCCUUGUGGACGCUCGCUAUGUCGAGAAUGUCUGCCGCAGACUCACGAGCGGGAAAACAUAUCGUAUCCGGACUUACCGGGGCGCAAGCAGGGCUAUCAGUGCCCUUACGUUGAGUGCCAAGAUGAGCACCCUGUAUCGGACUGCAGUAUCGAUGUUACUUUGACGAAAGUGAUGGACUCGAUUGCUGAAAUCGUUGCGAAACAUGCCUCUACUGUUCGUGGAACGUUGACGUUUACCGAGGAAGUCGCGCACGACGAAGCCAUCAGCAUGUCCACGGAGAAGCCACCUACGCGUCAAACAUACGGCGGACGGUUGAUGGCUACAUAUCUACUCGCCGCUCAGGGACAGCUUGCGUACAACGCUGACCUUCUCUAUCAAUCCAUUUCCGAUCAAGUAGAAAGCGAACGUGGCCUGGAUAACAAGCUGGUCAAGGAGCUGCUAGAGACUACUCACCGGGAAGUAGACUGCCAGGUUUGCUACAACCUCAUGCUUGACCCUGUGACAACCACUUGUGGACACACUUUGUGCCGGAAAUGUCUAGCCCGGGUAUUGGAUCAUUCGUUCCACUGCCCGGUGUGUCGCAGAGGGCUUGCCGUACCGACAUCGCUGCAAAAUCAACCCAGCAACAAGACCUUGGUGGAUCUUCUGAAUGGGCUCUGUCCUGAUGCGGUUGCCGCGCGCGUGCAAGCUGUCUCGCUCGAAGACCAGCCGGGCGAAGGAGAGCUUGAUACGCCGCUAUUCGUCUGCACCUCCGCGUUCCCAGGCCAACCCACCUUCUUGAGGAUCUUCGAGCCAAGAUAUCGAUUGAUGCUUCGCCGGUGUCUGCUGGGAAACAGGGAGUUCGGCAUGCUAAUGUACAACCGCUAUCACGAACCGCAAGGCGAGCUGGGCACGGUACCUUUCUACCAGUAUGGCACUAUGCUGCAGGUUCUCCACUGCCAAACACUGCCGGACGGUCAGAGCUUGAUUGAGAGUCGCGGCGUCUACAGAUUCCGUGUCAAGUCUCAUGGGUUGCUCGAUGGCUAUACAGUAGGCAGUGUGGAGCGCUUCGAGGACGUCUCUCUUGCAGAGGAGGAACGUUUAGAGGCGGAGGAGACAUCGCAACCUCCGCCGGCGGACGAGACCGACAUGCACGCUGUGAUCAGCCGCAUGCCGACUCAAGACCUACUCGCGCUCGGUCGUGAGUUCGUCUAUCGGAUGCAAGCUCGGAGCGCAUCCUGGCUCGCACAACGGGUGCUGGACACCUACGGCCAACCUCCAGAAGACGCAGCGUUGUUCCCAUACUGGUUUGCGAGCGUGCUGCCCAUCGCCGAUGAGGAGAAGUACAAGCUCAUGGGUACAACCACUGUUCGAGAAAGACUCAAGAUCACGGCGUCAUGGAUCCGUCGGAUCGAGUCACAACGAUGGUGA